AAAGUGAAGCUUGGGGAGGAGGGUGGAGAGGGAGUAAAGCCACAAUGUACCCAGCAGCACAUAGCUACAGUCUCAGAAAGGAAUUCUGACAAGGUAAUUAUUAAGCACAAUCAUUGAGACAGUGUAGGAAGAGGGAGCAAGGCUGAGAGCAGGGAAGGUGAUUUUUAUUCACACUUCUGGGAGGUAACCCAAGUGGCAUUAGCUGGCUGGAUGUAGCCACAACCUGUUUUGCUUCCACUCUGCCCUCCAGGGCCUCAGCAGGCACAGUCCUCUAGGAAACAAAAUGGGAGGGGACGCCUCUUUCAGAAAGGUCAUUGGGACUCUGGGAGCUCCCGCAGGUCCUCGCAUUCUUCUAGGGAGACAUGCAGGCAACACUCAGGACUAGCUAGUCAGUGCAGCCUGGGCUGCCUCUCCAGGCUGGCUGCCCCCACCUUGAGGAGAAGGAUGAAGUGGCAAGCGUUUUGGACCGGGUUGGAGUAUUCCUGUCGAUUCUUGGGCAUCUCCACGGCAGCAGUGCUAAUCGGCGUGGGAGCUGAGACUUUCCUCCAGGGACGAUUCAAAAGCCUGGCUUUCUAUCUUCUGUUUUCAGGGACUGCAGUCUCCAUCUGUGAAGGGUCCUACUUUGUGGCUAAGCUGCUUUCCCUCUGCUUCAGGUGUCAACCAGAAUCUCUAGCCUAUGUCUUGUGGGAAAAGGCCUGCAAGCUGGGCUGCUUCCAGAAAUUCCUAGGCUAUGUGCUGCUUUCUGUGGCCUGCUUUCUGCACCCAGUGCUGGUCUGGCAUGUGACGAUCCCAGGGUCGAUGCUGAUCAUCACUGGCCUGGCAUAUUUCCUCUUGAGUAAACGUAAGAAAAACAAAGGUAGCCACACCCCAGAACGGUACACAGACCCCUCUGCUAGUGCUGUGAGCACCACAGGAUAUGGAGAGACUGAGCAAACAUACACCUUCCACAGCUCCUUCAGGGAAGGGCCAACCUCUCUCUUUGGCCACAUGAAAAGCAUUUUGAAGGGUAACAAGAAGUCUCCCCCAGCCAGGCCUCCGGACACACUGAUGGAGCUGGUUCUGGAGCCAGCUGAUUUGCUGCCUGGAAAGAAACAGGUACACUUCGAAGAGAAGGUGGUCAAAAUCAUCCCCUCUAUCACCGAGAGCCUGGAUGACAGGGACAGUGAACCAGAGGAAACCACCUCUGAUACUGUGCCCAUCAUUCCCCCUCCAGAGGCCCCUCUCCUUAUGUCUUCCCUCACAUCCACAGCCUUGUUUUGAAGAGCAUAUAGAGUUCCCCUUCCAUUAUUCAUCACAGAGGGCCUGAAAGGGGACACAUCCCCCAGGGGCUCCCAAAGAAUGUUCCAUCUCAAUGUACCACCCCUCUGAGAGCCUUUGAGUUCCAAAGACUCUCCAAGGAAUUCAUGAAGUAUAACAAGGAUUUGAGUUUCAGAGAGUCCCCAAGGAACUCACUCACGGAAUCUCGAAAGAAGACCCUACAAAAUGACACAGCAAUUCUUGAUGUAUGGUUAGUAAGGUUCACUUCCUCUCAUUUAUGGGUGAGCUGAGACCUAGGAACAUAAAAUAACUUGCUAGGUCUCCCCUAAGUGGGUAGUCCACAUUUCCUAGUCAAGAAUGAUGUUCUUUCUGUCUCCAAGAAUUUUACAUGAUAGGUUUUUGGUUUUGCUUUUAUUUUUUCAAGAGAAGCCCUUCACAUCUAUUUCACACAGAAGGGGAUUGCACAGAAUGACAGAAUUCUCUCUACAAAGAGACUGCUGGAUUGGGCCCAGACACUGAGUUGCCAGUGAGUUACCUUGCCGUAUCCCACCUUUUUUCUCUCCUGCACACUGUACUCAGCCUUAACUGUUACUUCAUGUCUAUUGAUCAAGACUAUAUCCAGUCAAGAAAUAGUCCAGCAGCUAGAGUAGCCCUAUAUCAUCAUCUAAGAUCGUACAUCUCAGCUGUAGUUAACCAGGGAAUCCAUGCACCUUUUGAACAAGCUCAAAAGACAAAUGAUCUUGUUGAAUUUUGAGUCCAGCAACAGUAUUUAUUAAGUGCCUCCUGUGUGCUUGGUGCCAUAAGGAGUUUUAGUUAUAAAGGAAGCACCAUAAACGUUCACCUUUGACAGCUUUGAUGGCCCGCGAAGGAAACAAACUUCACUAAUUAGUUUUAAGUGGGAGGGAAAAAACGUCUGAAUGAGGGAAUGAGAAUUUCAUAACAAUCCUCUGGUAAUUCCCACAGCACCUAUUCUGAGAAUACUUUUUCCAGUUUCCAAAGAGGUGUGGGAACCCUGGAAUCUAAGAGGAACUGAAAGCAUUGAGAAUGUACCUGCUGUGAUGUCAUGACACAGAACAUUAAUUCUAAGGGUAUUGCACAAGCAAAGUUCAACACAGAGAGAGACUCUACAGAAGCUCUUUGCAGAGGAGAUUCUUGGGGGCUUUGGGGUUAAUGAUUUUCGAGGUCACUUCUGACUCUCGCCUCCUGUGAUUCUGUGACAAGGUCUCUUCACCCUGUAAGAGUCCUCUAACUUACUAGCAUGUACUGGAUAAGAGAACAAGCCUGACAUUAGCAAAUAUUUCAUAAGGAAAUGAAAGAUUAUAUCUUUCAACAGCCCAGAAAAUUAAUCCCAUUGAUUAAAAGUGCAUCGCCUAAGGAUAGCUAGGUGGCCUAGAAGACAGAGCUCCAGCCCUGGAGUCAGGAGUUCAAAUCUGGCCUCAGGCACUGACUAGCUAUGUGACCCUGGGCAAGUCAUUUAACCUCAUUGCCUCAAAAACAAAAACAAAAAUACAUUGCCCAGUAAAAGUCUCUAAGAUGGUUCACUUUAAUAAUAAUUUGUAAUUAACAUUUCAAUUGUAUAUAUAUAUUCUAAGGUUCUGAAAAGCAGUUUUUCUGCUUUUGAUAAAAACAUCUCUCCUACAUUCUGUUUGCACUAUUAAUUUGCACUUUCUUCGGAAGCUUGAUAAACAAAAGCCAAAGUCAGCUUUGUCUCUUUAGGAAAGAAUGGAGAAGUAAAGAAAAGGAGGAAGAGCAGAGAAGGUGAAAAGAGAAAAGAAGAUAAGCAAUGUGGGACAGGAUGGGGUACAGCUGGGGGAAGAGCUCAGGGAAAGGAAGAUUGGACAUGAGUGUUGGAGGGACAGAGUACCAGGCUGCCUUCUCCAGUCUACAUUACUUAACGUUUCCUCUAUGGCCUAUGGAAGGGUCAUGAGCCCUUGCUGGUAUCCUGGACCAAGGCUAUAUCCACAUCCCUCAGGACUGGAGAGAGCAUUGGUCUAGGCCAGGAGUGGGGAACCUGAGGCCUCAAAGCCACAUGUGGCCCUCUAGGUCCUCAAGUGUGGCCCUUUGAAUCCAAACUUCACAGAACCUGUGAGUCAGUCAAAGGACCACACUUGAGGACCUAGAGGGCCACGUGUGGCUUCGAGGCUGCAGGUUCCCCAGCCCUGCCAGGGGUCUGAAGCCCAACAUCUAAUGCCACCUUAGUUUCUAAUUAGUGUGUGGUCUUGGCAACCUCAGUUUCUUCAUCUAAAAGUCAUAGGUCAUAGAUUAAAUGAUUUUGUAGGUCCCUUGCAGCUCCAAAUUCUGUGAUUCUCAUAAAUUUCACAGUAAUCAAAUCUAAAUGAAUCUAGUUGCGUUUAAUUUUAGAGGAAAACAGUGGCCCAUGAGAACUCUAUUUUCACUAAUAAUGAGGAUCUAUAUAGUUAGAAGAAAAAACAGAUUAAAAUGCUGGUAGCAUAAAUUGGAGUGCAGGAGUGUGUUGAAUUUCGAAGUGGGCUGCACAUUGCAGAUGGUCCUCAUUGGGAAAGAUCUCCAAAGAAGGCCUGCCUAAGCAGAAGUAAAGUCUGGGAGGGAAUAGUCACAAAGUCAUUCCUGAGAUGUGAUAGAAGGAAGCAUGCAUAUUUCAAGCACAUAAAAGAGACUAGAUGGAACAGUAGGUGGAGGGUCGACCUCAGUGCUAGGAAGAGCCUAAUUCAAGUCAUUAUUCCUCUCACAGGCAAACUGCCUGUGUGACUCUGGCCAAGUCACUUCACUUCUCAGUAACCUAGGCAACUCAAUAAGGCUGUAAGUUGCAUAGAAGGUGCUGACCUGUCUUAGUACAGAGAGUUUCCUUAACCAGGUAUUCCUUACAAUGAAGAAACCACAGGUCUAUUAUUGUUCCUGACCCUCAAAAUCCCGAUGUUACAGGCAUCCAGCAGUUGAACUCAGCUACAUGUCAGUGCCUCUGUAUUGUUUUCACUGACUUUAGCCAGGGACUUGUUGUUUGUCCUUUGUUCUCCAAGAGGACCAGUGACCUUGUGAAACUGGACUGGGGAGUUGAAAGGUUUAAAGUGGAGGGAGAGGGGAGUUAUUCUCAGUCUGUCAUGCUGUUUUAAUAAACACUUG